UCGAAGAUUGGAUAUGUCAAACAAUGUCCAACCACUGGAAUAUUUAUCUUAUAUCAUGAUAUAAUAAUUUUUAUAGAAUGUUAUUGUCAAAUUGCAUUUGUUUUAAUAUUUGCACUUGAUAAACUAAAUCAGAGUUGCAAGAGAAACAAGAACCGAAUAUAAAUAACAUCUGCUAACAUUAUUGAUAGCAAAUAUGACAGGCUUAGACUUGCUAGAUAUUGGGGAGGAUGAUAUCUUCUUUGAAGAGGAUAAAAUUUUAACAAACGCUUCAAUUUCAACCACAAACAGUGAUAUAUUUCAUUAUUCAAGUGGGUCAACUUUGGAUAAAGCUUUUUUUGUUGCUACAACCGCCGUACCAUCGGCUAGCAUCAAAUUACACCAAUUGGCUAUGAUGGAAGAUCGCAUACCAGAUAUAGAACUGGUCACACAAGAUCAAUGUACACAGCAACUCUCAAAGCAAAUGGGUAUGACCAUUACAUCUGGGAACGUUGUGAUACAGAAGGAUGCCAGUAAUCUUAUUGGUAUAAGCAUUGGCGGAGGUGCGCCGCUUUGCUUGUGUCUUUACAUCGUACAGAUUUUCGACAAUACACCCGUCGCAUUAGAUGGCACUCUUCAAGCAGGUGAUGAACUUGUGGCGGUGAAUGGAACAUCGGUGAAGGGCAAAACUAAAGUAGAGGUUGCAAAGAUGAUACAAUCUUGCGUUUCGCAUGUCAGUAUCAAUUACAAUAAGUUACAUGCCGAUCCGAACCAAGGCCGCACACUCGACAUUGCUCUCAAAAAGAUAAAACAUAGAUUAGUCGAAGGAAUGGGUAGCACCACUGCUGAUGCACUUGGAUUAUCACGAGCCAUUCUUUGCAACGAUGCCCUAGUCCAAAGAUUGAUGGCAUUGAAACGUACAGAAAAUUUCUACAGAGGUCUCGUUGCGCACUCUAAAGCUACUUUACACGCUUUCUUUGAUCUGACACAAAUGUAUAAAGUAUUCGGUGAUGCCUUUGCUGCUAUUGGAGUACGAGAACCACAGCCGCGCGCCAGUGAAGCUUUUAGACAAUUCGGAGAGCAACAUAGACAAAUGGAAAAGUUUGGGGUGACCAUGUUGAAGGCCUUGAAACCGAUACUUAGCGACUUAGGGACGUAUCUUAACAAGGCCAUACCAGAUACAAGAUUGACGAUCAGCAAGUAUGCUGAUGCAAAAUUCGAGUAUUUAUCUUACUGUUUGAAAGUGAAGGAACUGGACGACGAAGAGCAGAGUUGCGCCGCUCUACAAGAGCCCCUUUAUCGCGUGGAAACGGGCAACUAUGAAUAUCGUCUGAUAUUAAGAUGUCGACAAGAAGCUCGUGUAAAGUUCGCGAAACUUCGCUCAGAUGUUUUGGUAAAACUUGAAUUACUGGAUAACAAGCAUGUUCAAGAUGUUGUGUGGCAGUUGCAGAAGUUUGCAGCAGGCUUAGCAAAGUAUUACGCCAGCACUCGAGAUCUAUUGUCGGAAGUGACGCUAUUCCCUGUCGAAGUCGAUCUGUCGCAUUCUGCGUUUCAGUAUAAAUCCCUCGGGCCGCAAACGUUAACGGAUUCAAGUGAAGACAUCGAUGAAUACGAACCGAAAGAGAAACAGGAGAGCAUAAACGAAGAACUUCUCAUUGAUACAUCAAAUUUUUCAUCGGAACCAAUCGAUAAUAUGUAGCCAUAUUUAUUAAUUUUCCAAAGAAUUUUUAAGUUGGACAAGUAAUUUUUAUUACAAUCGGCAAUGUAUACGAACGAAAGCUUUUUUAUUCAAUUGAUUUAGUCAGAUCGACGAUGCAUUCCUGCAUGUAUUAUUUAACAAGACGUUUAUCUUAUUUACAGCUUUUAAGAUAUGUUUUUAGAGGAUAAAUUAUUUGUUAUCAAAUUUUAUCUUUUAAAUCAAUUUAAAGCAGUAUUUAUAUUAAAUAAGGAAUGAUGUUAACUAUAUUCUUGUUUUAAUUGUGAUAU